AUGAUGAUAGCAUGUGAAAAGGGCGAGUCGUCGUGUUCUAGUAUUGUCGAAGACAGAAAUAAAUUUUUGGGCAAGUCGAAGAGAGCAAGUGCUAAGCCUUUGUUGUCGAAUGAGUGGGAGACGUACAUACAUCAUGUAGGGCAGAAGUUUGACGGUGGUGCAGAGGAGUUCUGUUUGAAAUUGUGCAAGUACGCUCUUGAAGUAGGAUUUAAUUUUUUAUAUGCCGGCAAUGACAAGAAGCGGGUGGUUGCUAUUUGUUCGAAUAAGAAAUUGGAGGGUUGUAGCUGGCGUGUUUAUGCUUCUCGUUGUGAAGCUACUGGCUGUUUUGUAAUUCGGACAUUAAAUAAUGUGCAUACAUGUGUGGGUCGGAUACGGGAAUCAAAGAGUAAGAUGAUGAGGUCUCGUGUGGUGUCCUCCCUCAUUGUGGACAGAAUUCGUGCAAAACCAGAGCUGAAGUCAAUUGAGGUUAUACACGAGUUCAAAGAUUAUUAUGGUAUAGACAUUACAUACUACCAUGCAUGGUUUGGCAAAGAGUUAGCUAAAUUGAACGUUCACGGUGAUGAGUCGAAGUCCUUCAAUGAGUUAGUGUGGUAUGCGGACGCCGUAAAGGAAACUAACCCUAGUUCUCUCUGCACUCUUGAAUGUGAAGCUGGAAUUAAUCUCUUUAGACGGUUUUUUGUGUCGUUUGGCGAUUGCAUUGCUGGAUUUCAAUAUUGCAUACCCAUGUUGUUCAUUGAUGCUACGUUUUUUAAGAGCAAGUACAAGGGGCAGCUUCUCUGUGCUUCCGGAAAGAAUGGAAAUCAAGCUUUUGGAGUUGUUGAUUCUGAGACAGAGGAGAAUUGGACUUGGUUUCUUCAACAUUUGGCUUCUAUUUUGCUACCGAUGGGGAGAGUGGUGACCUUUUUCUUGGAUCGCAAUCAAGGUUUGUUAAAUGCAAUGGGGUCUGUGUUUCCUGGAUGGCCUCAUUCUUACUGUUACUAUCACCUCAAACAGAAUUUGAUAUCGAAGUACCCGAAGUCAGGUUAUGGGAAAUUGCUCCAAGACCGUGUUAUCAAUUUAUUUAGUAGAUGCGCAUAUGCUAUUACAGAGGAAGUGUUUACGGUAGCAAUGGAGGAGUUGGUGAUUGUUGGGAGUUAG